AGGAUAGGAAUGGGAGAAUUGUCAGCACAAGGAAUAGCUGCAGAAUUGAUGUUUGCGCACCACCGGCAGCGUCUUUAAAAUGCCACCGUGCAAGUUGUUCUUGGCUCUCACAAGAGCCUUUCGCUGCAUCAACACCUGCCGACUGCUGCAGGCAAGUAAAGGUACUCCUCUCCUCCCCUCUGCUGCAGUCCUCUGCCCGCUGCAGAUCAUGGAGGAGGAAGCAUGGCAGGAGUCACUCGUUGCAGAAUCUCAUGUGCCUCCACAUUCAAAUAUUAAUAGUGCAUCUGUCAUGCCGUGCAAUCCAGAUUUAUUCACCUCUUCGCUGUCAUGUAGCAUCCCAGAUCCCUCAAGCAUUAAUAUAGAUGAUUUUGUUGCAUCUAUCUCUAAAGCUCCUGAUGCUCCGCUAAUUCGAUCGCCUCCCAGCUCUAGCUUAGCUUCAAACAGUUUGGUUGUGGGGUGUUCAUUUCAGCCUGCUGUGGCUGCGGGUGUGGAUUUGAUGGAACAGCUUGCAAGGCAUUUCAUAAGGCCCCUUACUAAGGAUCAAAUGGAGGCAAUUAUGGAGUUGGCAAUUCAGGGAAAGGAGAAGGAAGGGACCAAGAAGAAGGGCAGAAAGGUGGCACCUCUCAAGGCUCCUUUCAUAGAGGCUGCUGAGAGGAUCUGAGUGAUGUUUUUAGAUCUUGUGUGGGUCGGUCUAGUGCAGAAUGUUAUCUCGCAUGUGUAAUAGUCUGUGGGUCACCCAACUACUUUUGAUGACUGCUUUGGGUAGCAGGUUGUGGGAUUGUCAGCAGUGUUUUUUCUUUUGGCUUGCUCUGUCGGUGUUUCUAUCUGUCAUUAUUUCAGGCGUGGGAUGCUUGCUUUUCCCAACUAGCAAUGUGCUGUUGUCGCUGGUUGUCUGGUCAGGUCCUGUCUUGUGUGGCUCUACUUGGGCAUGUAGGGGAACUACUUUUGAUUAAUGAAUGCCAACUGUUGUAUUUUGUCA